GCAAAAAGGCAUGCGUCACAGACAUGGGCAUAACAAAAGCUUGGCUAGCUGGUCCCAACCACCAGAAAGAUAUAUUUUGUUAAUGUGUCUAGCUAGAAUCUUUAUAUACUCAGCAUUACAAUGGCAAUGGUUUUUGAUUCUGAGGAAGAGCAGGAUAUUGAGGGAAUGUUGGAUGAGAGUGAUGACGAUGAUGAUGAUUAUGUGCCGGAUGGAGGUAACUCAGAUUCUGAUCCAGAAUAUGGAAAAAGAAAAAGAAGAUCAUCGCGCUCUUCUCCAAAUAAAAGAAGCCGGUCAACCCGCAGUACCUCAUCAGAAAAAAAGUCUCCAUCAAAAACUCUCUCAAAAAGAGGGAGAAAGCCUAAAUUGACUGAGAAACCUGAGAAACGUGGACGUGGAGGGUCAUCAUUGAGGAGAAGUUCACGUAGCACACGUGUUCGGGCUGUGUCCUAUGCUGAUGCCGAUGUUUCCGGUGAAGAAUAUUAUGACGAAGAAGAAUUGUUCGAUUCAGAUGAAAGCAACGAGGUUUAUGAACACAAAAGCAGCAGGAACCAGAAAAAAAAUGAGGAACGAAAGAAACAUGUUGAUGAUUUGUGGAGUUCCUUUAAGAACGAUGUCAAUAAAAAGGACGAAAAGGUUUCUGGCAGUAUGAACACUGAAAGUGUUAAGUCUGAUGAUAAAAAUGAUACUACCAUAAUAAAAGACAGUAAACAAGAAAACAGAGAAGUACUAAAUAAUACAAAUGAUAAUAAAACAUCACAUAAUGCGACGGAUGGAAUGGAGAGCGGGAAAAGUGACUCAAAGGAAGGGGAAAACAAAACACAUGAAAUAAAAGAUGAAAAUGUGACAGCUGAAGAAAAGAUAAAGAAAGAAACAAACAUAAUUUCAAAGAGCGAUGUUGGUGUUAAAAAUGACAAUAAAACAAAAGAUAAUAAAGAUAAUGAGAAAAAUUUAGUAAAAGACAGUUCAAGUAGUAAAAAUCAAAAUAAGGAUGACUCAGAAUUAACUGUGAAAACUGAAAGUAAUACCACAAAGCCCCCUGCUUCAUCUAAUUCUGAAAGUGAGAGCAAAAAAAUUACAGCGCCAAUUGAAAAAGAUGAUAAAACGAAAACAGAUGCACCUACUCAAAACAAGCUGAAAGAAACCAAUAAAAUUGAGAUUCCAAGCACAAGUGGGAAAGUUAAAAUUACUCAGGUGUAUGAUUUUGCUGGAGAAGAGAUCAAGAUUUCAAAGGAAGUUAAUGUCGGCUCAAAAGAAGCCAAACAAGCGGGAGAAGAGCGAACAGCAAAGAAAUCUGACGCAACGAAGCCAUCCUCAUUGAGUGGAAUCAGUAAUAUUUUAUCUUCAGGUGUGAAGAAAAGUGGUGGUUUGUCCAGUGUGUUGGGAGCAAUAGACAAAAAGAAGAAAAUCAGCGUUUUAGAUAAAUCUAAGUACGACUGGGACAAUUACAAAAGUGAAUCGGGAUUGGAAGACGAACUGAGGUCGAACAGAAAUUCCGGGUAUUUGGAUCGUCAAGAAUUCUUACAACGUGUUGAUUUUAAACAAUGGGAAAACGAAAGAGAAAUGCGUUUGUAUUCAAACAAGAAAUGAUAAACUGACGCAAGUAUUUGUGGACUUUUACAGAUGAAGAAGAAGAAGAAGAAAGAAAUUUUGUUGUGUCUGGUUAAUCGCUAAAGCCAUAAAAAGAUCUUCUUUGCGUGCAUUUCUUUCGUGUUUAUUUCCUCUGUUUUUUUAGUUUAUUUAUCUCCCAAAGUUGUCUAUAUUUAGUCCCUUAAUGUAAAUAUUCCAAAAAUAUCCCUAUCAAUCUAUCAUAUAUAUAUAUAUAUAUAUAUCAGUGACCAGCCAAGCUUUCAAUGUAUUUUGAGGCUUCAAGCAAUUCACCUCGAGUGACGCUUCACAAUGACUUGUAGUCCCGAUAUGUUUUUUAUGUUUCUUCUUCUUUUUCCGAGGUUUGGCGUUCUGUUUGUUAGCAAAAAUUUAGUGUGUUUUUGUGUGUGUUAGUGAUGUGUCUGUGGUAGUGGAUAGUGUUUGCUUUUAUUUUUUAUAUACACCUUAAAACGGCUGUGAUGUUUUUAGACGAAGAGAUAUUAUUUGAUGAUUUGA